GUCUUUCAAAUUUUUUACCAACAAAACAUGAAGACUAAACUUUAUUGCAUUGAAUAUAAACAACCAGUCAAAAGCAAUAAAUGUAGGAAAUUUCUUGGAAACUCUAAUGUAUAUCCACACAAUGGACUAUUAAAAAUUGAAGUACAAGCACAUACAAGUGCAAAGAAAAAAGAAGGGCAAUUUCUUAGUCAUUGAGCUUACUGCACCUUUCGAUUCAUCAAUGGCGUUAGCAAUACUCGUUCUUCUCGUUACUCUAUUUUUCAUGGGUUUUUUCUCUAUUUAUAAACGUCACUUCGCCGGUUCCGAUGAUGAUCGACGCCGGAGAAAUCCAUCUCUGUCCUCGUCGUCUUCCUCCGCACACAGACAAUUAACCCAAUCCAUGGCAUCUUCUUCUUCUUCGUAUGCGAGUGAUUCACAAAACUGUACUCAAUGGAAGUACAAUGUCUUUCUAAGUUUUAGAGGUGAAGAUACCCGUAAAACAUUUACAAGUCACUUGUAUGAAGGUUUGAAAAACAGGGGAAUAAAUACCUUUCAAGAUGAUAAAAGGCUAGAGAAUGGCGAUUCCAUCCCAGAAGAACUCUUGAAAGCUAUCGAAGAGUCUCAAGUUGCUCUUGUCAUUUUCUCAAAGAAUUAUGCUACGUCAAGUUGGUGCUUGAACGAACUAGUGAAGAUCAUAGAAUGCAAGGAAGUAAAGAAACAAAUAGUCAUACCGAUCUUUUAUGAUGUGGAUCCAUCAGACGUUCGACACCAAAUAAAGAACUUUGCAGAAGCCUUUUCCAAACACGAAUCGAGAUAUAAGGAUGAUGUUGGGGGGAUGCAGAAGGUGAAACGAUGGAGGACUGCUCUAAGUGCUGCCGCGAAUCUAAAAGGUUAUAAUGUUCAUGGCAGGUGAGUAAAAAACACAUAAAUUUACUUAUCAUGAAGACUAGCUAUACAUACUAUCUAAUGGGAGUAUUCUACUAUAGAACAAAUCUGUACCUCAAAAAUUUAUUUAUUUCUAUAUAUGGAGUGUAUAACUUUUAUGGUCAUCCAAGUAUACUAAAUUACUUGCUAAAGUCACUUGUGUUGAUUUUGUAUAGUUACAUCAAUUUAUUUACUCAAUGACAUUGUUCCAUAGAUAAUAUUUUGAGGAGUUCGAUUUAUGUACCUUGUCCCUUGACCCUUCUAUCAUGAUUAUGCACUUACUUUUUGUAGGAUUGAAUCAGAAUGUAUUCGAGAACUUGUUGACGAUGUUUCUUCCAAAUUAUGCAAGACUUCUUCAUCUUAUUUGCAAUAUACUGUGGGAAUAGAUACUCAUUUGGAGGAAGUAAAAUCCCUGCUAGAGAUGGAAC